UUCUUGGUCGGUUCUCUUGCCGUUCUGUUCCGCCCUUCUCCCCUUGCCGGCCUCCUCUUUCGCCUUCUGAUGGCAGCAGAGAAGGGUUUCGAAGAGUUCGGCGAUGUCUUCGGGGAAGCGACGCCGGAGUGGGAUUCUGCGACCGCUACCACCGCUGCCGUGCCCCUCUUCCCCUCCCUCUUCUACGCCUACGCCCCCGACCCGUCCCGCGUCGAAGUCCUCGCCACCGACUUCCACUCCUUCACCUUCGCCCGCGUCCUCACGGUGCAUGACAUCGAAGACCUCAGAGAUGACAUUGGAAUUGGUGGCUCAUGGUCUGAAUUUGUUGACUACCUCAAAUCAUCUCUGUCUUCCGGAGAUGUUAAGCUUAUAUUGGGUGGUUUGCAAAAUGUAGGCUCUGGGAACGUCCAUGCAACCUUAAUUGCUCUCAAGUCAAAGGGAUUGCCUCGCAUAUCUCUGUCUCUCAACAUAGUCUCAAAUGUGCCAGCUAGUGAUGCAAUGGGAACACUGUCUCUAGCACUUUUCAGGGCAUUUAAGAAAACACAAAGUGAUGCUGUGAAAGAACAUCAACGCUCGUCUCAAUUAAUGGAAUCCUUAUCGUCUGAAAGGGAAAAGAAUGAUAAUCUCGAAAAACAGCUUGAUUCUCUUUCAUUUCUAAGUAAACGGAAGGCAUCUAAGCCAAAUUUGGCGGUGAAGGCAUCCACUGCUUCUGAUGUCCUUCUCAACAACUUUGAAACAUCUGAUUCAGGACUGCAACAAUUUUCAGAUGUCGCAGCUACAAAGGGUCCCCAAGUUACCAAAACUAGUAAGCGAGGUGCCCUGGUCUCUCGUAGGUCAAGAGUUAGAGGUGUUCUCUUGCAAGAUAUCAAGGAUACUGAUGACAACUAGGAUGCAGGAUUCCUCAAAAAGUUUCACUUGCAGACUUGUUGGUUUUCAAACUCCUGUGUAAGUCUAAAAAAUAACGUACCAGUGCAAAAAGCUCGAUCUUACUUUUAAAUAUUUAAAGAGAUUAUU